UCAAUUCUACUAAAAAUUGCAAGAAUAAUAUCGUUUGACGGGCAUAAAUUAGUGUUUGUGCCCCAACCAAGUGAUUCCCCUUGGUAUGGUGUAAUUCCUGAUGACUACUGUACUUAAAGAAAUGACAGGAAAGCCUGAAACAGUUUGGGUAGUGUUAAAGAAUACCAUUUAUUGACUUUCAGGCUUGUCAAUUGCACAGUUUUUGUCUUAUAUAUUUAUAUAUCUACAUGUAUAUUUGCAUGUUUCAGUAAACCACUGCAGUCAUGUUCCGUUAUCUUAGCAAAAUAUAAAGAAACGGUGGUUGGCUCAAGACUUUCUCACAGUACUGUAAAGUAGCUAAGCUAUGAUUGAACGAUGACAUUUCAUAGGAGGGCUUUAGAGAAUGUCAGAAGCUUUAAUUUUACAGUAUGUAUACAUUUGGCUGAACUGUUUCUGCAGUGAAAACUGGAAGUAAUGUUUAAGAUAUGAAAGGUUCACUGUGCAAAUAAAAAAAGCAAUAAUUUUCAUACAACAAUAAAAGGGUGACGGUGAGAGUAAUCGUUUUCCUUGUCAGAUUCUAGUACAUUCGCAUAACUUGUUGAACUUCAUAUAUUCAGCGCUGUGUAUACACUGUUAUCCCCAAGCUGCACUGCUCUCUAUUAGUUUUUACAAAGGUGUAGUAAGGCUUUCUUGGGAAAUUCCCUCAAUAGUCUCAUAAUUAUGUCUGGAUGCAAUAUUGGCUCCUAGUGUUCAGUCGGCUGAGGAUCGUCUCACCACAUUAAUUGUGUGCGAUAUUGCAGCAGUUGCAGAAAAGGUUUAGGUUAAACGCCUUUUAUUUUAGGGGGCAUUAUACAUGAAUACAGUAAUUUGUCAUGUUUUCUAGAGUGUUCUUUUUGAAUGCCACAGCAGCAAAAAGCAAAGGACCUGGGGUUGUUUUGAUUUGCGUUUAGUUAUAGAGAAAAACACUCCGUACAAGCCAGCCGCCUCGUUUAAAAACUUCACAAAUUCAGCUUUAACUGGAUUGGCUGUCCCAUUCCUUAGAUAAAAGCCGGAGAGACGGCGGCGGUCAUCGCCCGGGAGCUGGCAGAGCAAACCAAGAGCAAUCUUCAGGCGGGGGACAUCACCUACACGGUGAAGGCCAUGGUUCAGCUGGUGGAUCUGCUUGACGUGCAGCUGAGGAACCUCACACCAGGUGGCAAAGACAGUGCAGCACGGAGCCUCAAUAAGUUGCAGAAGAGAGAGCGCUCGUGUCGGUUUUAUGUUCAGGCCAUGGUGGAGACCGUCAACAAUUUGCUACAGCUGCAGGCCCAGGCGGCUUGGAGGGAGCUGAGCACAGGCGAGCAGCUGAGGGCCGCCACCAUGCUGCUGGACACGGUCGAGCAGGGGGCCUUCGUCCUGGCUGAUAACCUGCUCAAGACGGACAUCGUGCAAGAGAACACCGACAACAUCCGUAAGUAUGCACAGCCACGCUUGCAGUUUGCAUGUUGUCAUGUAAAAAAAAAAAGCAAAAUAAAACACGUACAUGUAUGCAAAAUCAGAUGAUUUGUAAGAAAGAGAGUGCCAGUUUACAACACACUGACUAAUGCAUUCCUUUGAAAGUAUACGGUAUAUGGUAAAUGAAACAUUUACUAUUUUAUUGCCUCCUUUUCUAAUGAUCAUUAAGCAAUAUAGUAUGUGUGGUAAUGUGUUUAAUAUAGUGGCUGUAGUCAUUAAACAAAAACGGUUGUUUACCAAGUUAAAAAUACACAUUAAUGAUUUGAAGUUAUCUAAAUGUUUGAAUGAGGGAAAACCUCAUGGAUGGAUUUCUCUUUGCUUUCAGUUUUUAGGGUGGAUGGAUG